AUGGAUCACCAUCACCGCACCGAAGCUCUGGCACGUAAAUUCCAGCGUCAUGCUUUUCCCUCGUCCUCGCCCUCAGCAAACGCUCCCCAGUUCCUGCUCGAAAGCCGUUGGCACGUGGUCGAGCUCGCAGGACCCGAGAGACGCCAACAGAAAGGCUCCAACAAGGCCUCUGACAGGCGAGGUGGCCGGUUGCACACGAUCCGCAAUCGCAAGGCGCUCGUGGCCGUGCGACGCACCCUGAGGAUAGCCGCCGCCGGCACGAUCCCGUUUUCCAUUCCUAGACGCCAGAACUCCGUCUUUUGA